AUGUCCUGUGCUCUGGAGGUGGAGGUCCUGCAAAGGGUCAGCAGUGACCAGGUGCCUGGUGGCAGCUGUGACAGCAGCCUGGAUGAAGUGCUGAGCUUUUCUCCAGAUCUGGGGCUCUCACCUGUCACCUGCCUCUGUGGAAACAUGGGGCAUCUACACUGCGAAGACAGUGUCACUCCAAGGAGGAAGCUGAAAUUAUCCCCAGACUCCCAGCAAUCAAGCCCGACGGAGGCACCAAGCCUGCAACAGACUACCAUGGGAACUGCAGCGCUCUCAGAUUUCCCAAGUGAACUGACUCCUGUCCUAAAACCGCACGUCUGCAAUGCAAGCGAUUCUUCUUUCCAGUCCAGCUACAAGCCGAAGAAGGCGGCUAGAAAAGUCAAUGUGAGAGAUCAUGAGAACAAAUGUCGUAAGGACCCAAGAAAGAAGAAAUCUCGCCUGAAGCUUCUAGACUUGUUCCAAAGCCCAGAGGUUGUUACAGGACACCAGGAUCAGAGGCCGGAGAAACAUCACAAAGACGUCCACGGAGAAAGCAACGAGAUAGAAAAUACGCAAUGUUCUGAGAGCAAGAGGGUUUCGAUGGGAGACAUCAGCCCAACGUUCAAUGAAGAUGAAAGUGAGGACCUCAUUGGAGACUUCUCAAAACCUUACAGCCUACCUAUAGAACGGGGAAAUCAUCAGGACCUGAAAUAUAUAACAUGCGGCACGUUAGCGCAUGUACUCGGAGGAGGAUAUAUAGAGAUUGUACAGACGUACCAUCUUGUGGACUGCCGCUAUCCUUAUGAAUAUGCUGGAGGUCAUAUCAAGGGAGCCCUGAAUUUAUAUAAAGAAGACCAGAUUUCGGAAUAUUUUUUUAAGAGUCCAUCACUUCCCCAGGGCAGAAGACUAGUAAUCUUUCACUGUGAAUUCUCCUCCGAAAGAGCUCCCAAACUGUGUCGGACUUUAAGAAACCUAGACAGGAAAGCAAACCUGUAUCCACAUCUCUGCUACCCUGAACUCUAUCUCUUAAAGGGUGGCUAUAAGGAGUUCUAUGAAACAUAUAAACGACUGUGUGAACCGCAAGGUUACAUAAAAAUGGUUCACAAGGAUUUCCAAGACCAAUUAAAAAAUUACCAAAAAAAGAAGAAGAACUUGUCGGGCCAAAGGAUCCGUAAAGAGCUGUUUAAGCCUCUGACCUCCAGUAAAAGCUUCAGUCCUGUUACAACGCAGAGCGUACUGAAAUUGUAAGGCAUGGCCUACAGUGACUGAAUGGACCUACACUGACAGAAAUCAUGGCAACCUGACAACCAAGGGAAAUAAAGCUGUACCAUAGUACUGUAAAUGGUUGUCACCAAUCACAGAGAG